AUGACGGUGGGGAGAUUUGCUGCAGCCGGAGAAUGCGGAGAACUAGGCAGCCAGGUAUUUUACCCCAGAUCAUCCUCAGACACAGAGACCGAGGAAGAACCACAUGAGAAUGGAAUUGUCUUCCACAGGACUGGAAAACUGAAGGAUUUCCUCCAAGAAGAGACUGAAACAGACUUGACUACUUCUGACUCAGACGACUGCUUUUAUGAGAUUUUGCAGGCACAGAAGAAAAAAAACAGACACUGCUCAUUGAAACUAAACUCGGUAGAUGAGGCAAAGCUGGACAAGGAGAGGGUUGAAGCCUCUAGAGAGGAUGAAGAUUUGGAGUAUUUUUUCCAAGAUAAUAACAGAAGGAGACCACAGGCCCAGUUUUAUCAGUCUUUUAUCUCUGACAACCCAAAGUCCAGCUCCUUGAGUGACCUUACACAAGAAAGCCUGUAUGGUCAAGCAAGGUGUCACUCGGCUUCUGGCCACUGUCCGCCACAUAGGAGUACUCUGGCCUGGGUCUCCUCUGUUACUACCCCAGAGCCCUUUCAGAUGACUGUGCGAGAAUCACUCAAGAAAUCCCGAUGUCUGCCAUCUUGUGCCUCAUUUGAACAAAGAAAACAACAAGCAAAGAAGCAGAACCAAGAGGAAGCUGAGUGCCAGAAGAAAUUCCAGGCUCAGCCAGUGCCUGCUCAUGUCCAUCUGCCCCUCUAUCAGGAAAUCAUGGAACGGAACGAGGCCCGGAGACAAGCAGGAAUCCAGAAAAGGAAAGAAUUGCUCCUGUCUUCUCUUAAGCCCUUCAGCUUCCUGGAGAAGGAAGAGCAAAAAAAGGAAGCCAUUCGACAGAAGGGCUCAGCAGCAAUGAUUCAAUCAAAGUCUUCAAAGCAAAAAGUCACCAAAAAGAUCCCCAAGUCGGUCUUGGAGCCAGCCCUGGGUGACAAGCUCAAAGAAUCUGAACUGUGCAGGAAGCUCCGUAUCCAGAGAAGGGCUGCUGACCUCCUGCAGACAGCUUCAUCCCCCAUCACUUCUAAUAGAUACACUGAUCCAAAGUCACGAAUAUCCACUCGAACAUGGCAAGAAAAACUCGGUUUCCUGCAGAGAGACUUUGCUUUCCAACCAAGGGUGAAUCCCAGUGUCCCUGAUUUUCAAGGUCUUUACUGGGCCUUCCAAAAAGAAGCUGCCCAAAAAAGGGAGACCCGAGAGGCAACACAGAACAAACCAUUCCACCUGAGAACUGCUAAUCUUCAUCACUGUCAGAGGCCCAACAAGGAAGCAGCAGAACCAAAGAAUGCUUCACAGACAUCCAGGGCUCCGUUACAAAGGAGCCGUUCUCUGAAUGGCCUUGCCUCCCUCUCCCCUAACACCCUUCCAGUACAUAUCACAGAUGCCACCAGGAAAAGGGAAUCUGCUGUCAGAUGCUCACUUGAAGAAAAGAAAGAAAAAGAGAAUGAGAGUGCCCGCUGGUUAGAGCAACAUAGGAAGAAAUGUCGAUCUAUGUUUAAAUCUGUGACCUCACGAGCAAAAGCCAUGGAUCCUCAUAAAAGCUUGAAGGAGACAUACAGAGCAAAACUGAAAGAGAACUGGCUCAAUGACCAAAAGAGAACAAAAGAGUAUAAGGAAGAACUGGAGAAAAUGAAGAGGAGAGUCCAAAAUAGACCCUAUCUCUUUGAACAAGUGACCCAGAUCUGUGCCAGGAAAGAGGCCGAGCGCAGAUACCGAGACAUAUUACGGAAGGUUGGUUUAGAUGAGGACUUUGUGAGGAAGAAAGGAGAAGAUGCCAUUGACUUGGAAUGGAGUGAGGAAGACAAGGAAGGAGCUGAUUCUCCCAGCCUCCGUGAAGCCAGGGAACUCUCCAGCAGUAGCCCACAGCAAGAUUCAGAAGAAUCCUUAGAAGAAAUGAAACAUACUCCCUUGGAGGAAGAUUUCAUGGACCUGCCCUUGGAAUCACCAGAUGCUUUGAAACAACUUGUCUGAUUGUUUUCCUCUUGUUACUGGAAAAAAAAAAGGCUAAGACGCAAGGUUGGGGUUUUGAGAGAGGAUAGACUAAGAAGCAAUGGAGACUUCCUGGAGAAUUGUUUUACAUGUGAGCCUGCGAGUUCAUAUUUAAACUCAUACAGUUUUGGAGCACUAUAGAAAGCACCCAUUC